UUUUCUUCCUAGCAUGCGAUGGUUACUAAACUGUGAGCAAAAGGUGCUGCUGGGGCCGGGAGUCACUGGGAUUGAAAAAUGAUGAUAAUAAUAAUAAUACAGACUUGCCAGUCCAGCAACAACUGAUAUACAUUUAGUAGCUAUAUAUCUAUAUAUGCAACGGGUUUUGUUGUGGCACUGAAAAGCGAUGUAAAAUAUGAUGCUUAUUUUUUAAAGAUAAGAGGAAAGGCAUGUUUCUAACUCUUUUUGCAGAGUAUUUUCUCUGGUACCGUUUUAUUUUUAUUUUUGGGUGAUUUUUAAGGGUUUUUUUUUCAUAAAGAGAUGGGAAUUGCAAGUACAUUUUACAGCAGUGUUUACACAGAGUUUGUAAUCUUGCAAUACUGGUGGAAGCCACACAGCAAGAUAUUAAUUUUAGUAUUUUUGUUAUUGUUUCUUUUUUAUUGACAGUGCAAUCAGCAGGGUGGUGUUUUUCUUUUUUUCCUUCUUCAGUUUUUGAUGCCUGUUUAUAACGUGAAACUUUUCUUUCAGUGCGUUAGUUAUAAUUUUUAAAUACUUUUUUUUUCCUCCUUAAAGAUAACAAAGCAAAACAGCCAAAGAGAUGAUCCUUACUUUUGUACAUUUUGAACCUUGACUUUUUUAUUCUUUUGCCGGCAGUAUUUUAUGAUGGUUAUUAUUAUCAUGAUGAUGAUAGAUAUAUACAUAUAUACAAAUAAAUACAUUUUCAAAUGAUGGCAGUGGAAGGUUUUCCUGGAGAAUGAAGUGCGGUUUGGUUUCCUUGUCAACAGAAGAUGAAAUGAACAACUGAACAUCUCCCCAGUGCAGGGUUAAAGUUAAGUGAUCCAACCAUGACCGGCAAAACACAGACCAGCAAUGUCACCAAUAAGAAUGACCCAAAGUCCAUCAACUCCAGAGUCUUCAUUGGCAAUCUGAACACAGCCAUUGUCAAAAAAGGCGACAUUGAAGCAAUCUUUGCAAAGUAUGGAAAAAUAGUUGGUUGCUCAGUGCACAAAGGUUAUGCGUUCGUACAGUACAUGAGCGAGAGGCAUGCAAGGGCUGCAGUGGCAGGAGAAAAUGCCAGGAUCAUCGCAGGGCAGCCACUAGAUAUCAACAUGGCAGGCGAGCCAAAACCAUACAGACCAAAACCUGGCAACAAGCGGCCACUUUCAGCACUUUACAGACUUGAAUCAAAGGAGCCCUUCCUGUCUGUUGGUGGUUAUGUCUUUGAUUAUGAUUACUACAGAGAUGAUUUCUACAAUCGGUUGUUUGAUUACCACGGCCGUGUCCCCCCACCACCUCGUGCAGUAAUUCCACUGAAACGUCCUCGUGUGGCUGUGACAACAACUCGCAGAGGCAAAGGGGUUUUCUCCAUGAAAGGAGCAUCACGAUCCACCUCAAGUGGGGCUUCUUCCUCAGGAUCCAAAUUGAAAUCAGAUGAGUUGCAAACAAUCAAGAAGGAAUUAACCCAAAUCAAAACAAAAAUUGACUCCUUGCUAGGGAGACUGGAAAAGAUUGAAAAGCAGCAAAAAGCUGAAGCAGAAGCUCAAAAGAAACAAAUGGAAGAUAAUGCUGAUUUGAUUCAAGAGGAAUGCAUAUCAGAGAAUGCAGAUAAUUCUACGGAAGAGCCAAUUGAAGGAGGGCCAGAUGCAGAUGGGGAUGGAGAAGAUAUGACUGAUGGGAUAGAGGAGGAUUUUGAUGAGGAUGGCAGCAAUGAGCUGUUUCUACAGAUCAAGUGAUGAGAUAUCUCAUGUGAACCCCCUGAAGACUGAGAAGAGAAACUGACUUCCCCACAGAAAAUUGUGAACUGCGGUUUCUUACUGGCUAGCAACACCUUUGAUUCAAUUUGUAUGAAAACUCAAUUUACUUAUUAAAAUGGACGUUAUUGUUCAAAUAUUAGAAACUCCAUUUCUUAUAUGUUCUAAGCUGUACAAUUGUCAGAUUUUUAUGGUUUAGAUUGUAAAUGUGUUUUUUCUCUGGCUAAUUAUUGGUAUUAUUUUUUUAAUUUUGAUGUCUUAAAGGCCAAUGUACUGUAUCAUAAUAAUAUGGACAUAUUUAACAGGUGUGGGAAACACUGUAUACAAAUGUAUAUUUCUAAAAGCUAUUUUUAUGAUUAGCAUGUUUUACUGUUCUACCAUAUUUAGAGUCAGGUGAUAUUGCACUUCUUUGUUUACAGAUUAAUUCAAACAAGACCAUUAUGAUCAGUGUCACAAUUUAAUACAUUAUAUGGUAUUUUCCAUUAUUUUAUUUAUUAUAUGUGUCAUUGGAAAUAAUUAUGUUUACUAAUAGGGAUAGCUGCUAAAAAGUGAAAAAGUCAAAAUAAGAGAGCAAUCCUUGAUAAACUGUAAAUUGAAUCCUCCUGUAAAUCCCUUUCUCCAGAUAAGCACUCUCUGUGAUGCCAUUCAUCAGACAGUUGUUACAGCUGCUCCUGCAAGUCUUUUAGGCCAGUUUGUUGCUACCUUAUGUUUACAUGAAAGUCAGUCUCCUGUCUAGCCAGGUAAAUUAAUUAUAGACAGCCAAUAUCUAUCAGCCUGAGUUAGCCUACUGAUUACUUUUGGGGUUGUUUUCUGGCAGUCGUAUUUGCACUCCCAGACCUCUAACACCCUCCUAAAAGCCUGCAGCUGGGAUAAUUAUUACAGAUGUAGGGGGAAUCUCAGUAUAGAAUUUCUUAAUAAAUCAUAUUUCCUUUCAAACAGAAUGGAUGCAUUAUUUCUCUUGUGUUACUGAGAUAUUAAGGGUAUCAAAGCAUAUAUGAUAUUAGCAUAAAAUUGUCUUCUUUUAAUGAAAGUACCCAUUUGUUCACCAUCCUAAAGCUAGACCUCCUUAGCACUGCAGAUGACAGAAAUCAAGGAAUAGAUGUUUAUUUACCUAUAUAUUUACAUGAGAUAUACUCCUAUAAAAAGAGACGUUUCUUUAAAAUUGAUUGCAGGAGAAAAAAUUUAUUUAAUAGCUACAGCCUUCAAAGAUGGAGAGGUGUUAAUUUAAAAAGUACCUUAAGCAGUCAAAUGGAACUCAGACCCAGCUGUCUGCCAGGCAGAGCUCCUGCGUCCACUGAA